AUGCACGAGAAGCGAGCGCGAAGCAAUACUCCGACCACCACGUCGUCGACGCGCGCAGAGAACGUGGCGGCUACGAACCCGCUGGCCGUGGGGGAGGGCAGCGGCAGCGGCAGCGGCAGCGGCACGUCUACGUCGACGACGACGGCUGGGGGGCUGGGCGGGUACCUGGUGAUGGCCUCGCCGUCGACCUCUCCACCCUCGCACCACGAGUCCGAGGCGCUGGCGCGGCUCAAGCGGGCCAACCUCACCCUCCGCGAGCGAAAGAACGAAGAACGAACGCGAACCGGCGCCACGAGCGGCGACCUGCCGGCCUUCGCCCCCGCCCACUUACACUUGUCCCCGCGAAGGCCCUCCUCCGCAGACACUCGACCUCGCGCUUCGUCGACAGAAAAGAAAGAGAAGAGAGAAAGGGAGAAAAGCACGAGGAAAUGGAAAAAGAAGAGUGGUGAACCAGCACAGCACAAGAAGGCGCCGGUGGAGGAGUGGAGGCCCAAGGAGGUGGCCAAGUGGCUGCAGGCGAUCGAGCUGGGCGACUACGCCAAAGCCGCACGCAAGAAGAAGGUCGACGGCGCCCAGCUCGUGAAGGUGGUCGACACCAUUCUCUCCACCUCGCCAUCGGCCGGCCACGCCGAUCAUCACGCCGACGGCGGGGUGGUGCUGGCCGCGCUCGGCGUUAAAAAGCUGGGCCACCUCAAGCGACUCCAGCGCGAGCUCAGGCAGGCGAUGCUCGACAGCAACGGCGGCGGCGAUGACGGCGGAGAGAACGAAGACGGCGACAACAACGACGAUGACGGCGCGGAGGAGAAUGAAGAGGAGCGACGGAAGCAAAAAGCGGCGGGCAAGCUGCCCAUCCCGCGAGGCCACUCGGCGCCGAUCGCGGUGACUGCGUCGCUGCCGGUGGCCUCGUCUCCCAACCGACUCCUACGGCUCGUCCACAACCUCAGCGGAUCGUCGACCACCCCGUCUUCCCUGUCCUCGUCCCCCUCAGCCACUUCAUUAUCGCCGUCGUCUUCGUCGUUGGCGCCGUCUUCGGUUUCGUUCCCGGCCAUCGACUCGGACUCGGACUCGUUCCUCUCCGGCCCAACACCGACUUUGUCUUCGACGUCAUCGCCAUCGUCGCCGGCGGCGGGGGACGGGGCCACCUCUCACGGCCGGCCGCGCACGCGGUCCAAGCUCAUCGAGCGGCUGGCCACCGGCAUGCCCCGGUCGCGCUCGGCCGAGAGCCCGCUCCCACUCACCUCCACCUCCACCUCCACGUCGUCGUCGCCAUUGUCAGGGUCGCCUUCGCUCGGGCGCUCCGGCAGCGGCUUCGGGUUCGGCGGCAACGGCGGUAAUGGUGGCGGUGGCUCGUGUCCGCUGCCCGCUGUGGUGGUGUCGCCGCCGCUCUCGCCAUCGGGCAAGCGGCCCAGCAACUCGGCCAACUUCAUCGCCGUGGCCCACGGCACCUCGACGCUGUUCGACGGCGACGAUGACUCCUCGGGCUCGACCAUCUCCACCAUCUCCACGUCGUCUUCCUCCUCUUCAUCGUCUUCUUUGUCGGGAAACAACAUGGGCGCGACCUUCUCCUUCUCGUUUCCCUCAUCUUCGUCGUCGUCUUCGCACUCCGCGUCGUCCAUCUCGGCCACGUGGGACGCGUCGCCAACGUCGUGCACGUCGCUCGCUUUCUGCUCCAUGUUCGGCGAGGUCGCCAUCAAGUGUGUCGUCGACGACGACAUCUCCCUCGUGCGGCUCAACCUCGAGACGGACCUCUCCCUCUCUGGCCUCCACCGGGCGAUCGAGCGAGUCUACGGGCAGCGGAUGCGCGCGCACUACUUCGACAGCGAGGGCGACAAGAUACGGAUCACGACCGACAGCUCCCUGCGCUACGCCUACGAGGACUGGUGUCAGGCGCUCGAGCGCAGCGGGGCCACGAUCAGCUGGCGACUCCACCUCAAGCCCCGCAGCAAGGCCCGCGCCCACUCCGACACGUCGUCGGGGCCGUUGUCGUCGCUGUCGAUUUCCGCGUCCGCGUCGCCCUCGAUGUCAAUGGACGUCGUCGCUGACUAUGUAGCAGAUGAGGCUGCAAUGUAA